UCUUAUACUAAUAAUAGGCUGGUGCUGAUGUGCAGGAGAGGCAGGGAGUCUGAGUGUUUAAGGGUGAAUCGAUAUGAAAGUGUAAGUCCACCAACUCAUCGCCCCUCAUUUAACACGAGGAGGUGCUGCCUUCCCUUCGCAAAGCCUUUGGCCACAGUAUUGCCGCCUUUCAUGGCAUUAACGCCGCUUUAAUGUCGUUAUUCUGCUACUUUUUUCUCGAAAUAUUACGACUUUAUUCUUGAAGUCUAUUUCUUGUUUUUAUUAACAGGCCCUAAAACGCCAGCUCACGAAACCUUGAGACCCUUUUUUGAACGCAGGCACGCCCACCUACCCUACACUGCGUCACGACUGAAAGUGAAAGUACAUAAGAAAUUUUGGCUCAAGACUCGAGGGGCUGUGGCCACUGAACACAGAUCACAGAUAAAUAGGAUUACAGGACGAAAUGCUAACGUUGGCGGUCAUCGUGUUGCUCUGGCCUCAGCUCACUCAGGGCUCAGAUUCUCUCCCUGUAAAAGUUGCUAACGCUGCAGUCAUAGGGAAGCUUGGUUCCUCUGUGGUUCUCCCCUGUUGGCUCGAUCCUUCACUGGACAUUAGUAACAUGGAGAUCCGUUGGUACCGUCCACACAAGUUCGGCAAACCUGUCUUGUUCUACCGUGACCACAAGGUCACAACGGACCUCCAGGAGGAGAGCUAUAUUAACCGGAGCGCUCUGGCCCUGCGUGAACCGCAGUCAGCUGGGCUGAAAGUAGGAGACUUGUCCCUGAGGCUGGAUAACCUGAACACAGAUGAUGGAGGUAUUUUUCACUGCUUCGUGAGUGGGGUCAGUGGAUAUGGCUCUGCUGCUACAACUCUCAAUAUACUUGUUCAAGGCUCUUCACCUGUCCUGUCGGUGCAGUUCAAGGAUGACUUCCUGAAUGUUAGCUGUAGCUCCUGUGGGUGGCAGCCACAACCCCGUAUUGAGUGGAAGUCUAACAGGAAUACUCCCUUUCGUCCUGGAGGUCUCGUCUACAGUCAAGCAGAAAAUAAACUGACCUGUGUCCAGAGCUGGGCCCUCCUCUCCCCUUCCUUUCACGAGGUCUCUUGCUCUCUCUUUAUUACUAAAGGAGAUGAGAGGGAAAGCACUGUGGACAUUCAGACCAUUUCUCGCUUAAUGGUUCCUGCGGAAGAUGGUUCUGGAUUCUGGAAGGCCCUGUUUGCUGUGGCACUGUUAGCGGCUUUGGCCAUGAUUGGUGUCGGUGUCUUCCUCUACGGAAAAUAUAAAACAGGAUACAUGCAGGCUAAAGCAGAUGAAGAAGAUCAACGUAAAGAUGAAGAAGAUCAGCGUAAAGAUGAAGAAGAUCAACGUAAAGAUGAAGAAGAUCAACUUACAGUUUGCAGUAAGCCCAGCAUAACAGACUUGAGAAAACAUGCAGUGAACAUCACUUUAAAUUCUUCGAACGUCUACCCAGAUGUAUUUAUUAAUUCUAAUCGCAAUGUGGUAAGAGAUCGUGCCAGUGCUGCAGAGAACAACAAAGGACCUGGUUUUCCAUACUAUUUAUCUGUAUGUGGAAUCAACAGUUUCACCUCAGGUUGUGCAUACUGGGAAGUGAAACUGACAGCACCUUCCACAAAGCCCAAAAAGUCAUGGCUUAUUGGAGUUACUAAAGCUUCACAUUACUUAAACAAUGAUAAGAAUGAUCUUACCCCUUCAAAAGGUUUUUGGUUUCUUUGCUCAGAUGAAGAGACUGGUAUCCAUAUCAAUACAGAACCUGAAAUUUCACUCCCAGUAAAUCCAAGUCUUGAGGUUGUUGGAGUUUUUUUAGACUAUGAGAAAGGUGAGCUUUCAUUUUACAACGCUAAAAAGGAUGUACAUCUCUUCACUAUGAAAACCAAAUUCCAAGGAGAGAUUGUGCCUUUCUUUAACCCAGGAAUAGGUGAUAAGGCUCCACUUACAAUUAACCUCAUUGAAUCCAUCACUGAAUCCAGAGGUGAGUCUGCAGAGAACGCUAGCGCAUAAGCUAGUGACGUGUAGGCCGAAAUUAAAUUUUGGGUAUCCCUGUGAAAAAGAGGGUAGGCCACCAAGGUAGAUUUUAAACACAUAUUCCCACCACAUCACAUCUUUCUAUAGACUAUUACUAACAGCACUGUAAUAACCAUCUGGCCCAAUCCAUAUGGUGCCACAAACAACUGUGUACACACCAACAAGACUACAUUCAUAUAAGCCCAACCAAAACUGCAGUGCCCUUCCUGGAAGGUACGUGUCUGCUUACCACAGGCAUUUUUGCUAAGUGAAGACAACCUAACUGAGUACACAUAAGACAACUGAGCAAAGAAACAUAUACUGUAAAUCUGUUAACAUUCGGUAUUCAACUCUUAACAGUUCAACUCUACACAGUCUCUCAAAACGUUCUAGCAAUGAAGCAAUGCACUUGAGAAUAGAUUUUGGCAUGUCAAGUAACCUGUUAGAAGUGGAUGUAAACUUCGGUGUUUUAUCACCCUGAUAAAAAUGCUUGAUUUGCGGUUAACUAAGCAAAACUAUUAUGAAUAUCAUCUAUAAUAACAAUAAUAAGAUUAAAGAUAGAAAAUAAAAACUAUGCUAUUAAUUUCAGCACAUGCCAGUCCAGUACAAAAUUGGAAGUACUUAUUUAACAAGCACACUGGUAUAAACCUGUGGUCACCAACCUUGGUCUUGGAGCCUGGUUCCAACUCUAAUCUGUCACACCAGCUCCAGCUAAUGACAUGCUUGAUAUUCGUUGUUGGCUUUGUAGCAGAAUAAUAACCAAUAGUUUUUGUGUUUAUAUAUCUCUGUAUUUCAUCAGCUAAUUUGACCAUAUUAUCCAUAGCUCAACUGAGAUUAACUAUAAAGUUUCAGCCGUGAUCACGUUCACAUUCUGGCCACUUUAAGCCAUCUUACCUUGGCUCUGUCUGGUCAUAGAUUGUCACCAAAUAUUUGAGCAAAAACUUAAAUUUCCCUGCUUUAGAAAUGAAUGACAUGCUAAAUCAAGAACAAGAUUUGUACUUUUGUUCUAAAACAUCCUCCAGGACAGUAGAUUCACACGUUUAAGACUCCCCUGCAAAAAAAAAAGACUCCCCUGCAGAAAAUAGACCACUUUGCUCUUUUUAGCCUGUUUCUGAAUGGUGAGUAAAAAGUGCCAAAUGGAGAACAAACGGUCUUAAUGCCAUUUUAGAGCUCUAAUUACAUUUGGCAGCUAAGUUAAUGUUGAGGACCUUGUGGAGAGUAGAGCAUGGACAUAUUUUGUCUGAUAUUUGAAUAUUCAGCACUAACAUUAUAGCAAACUGCUGGACUGUAGGGAAUGUGACAUUAAGCUAACAUAUAAUUUUAUUCCUAUAGUUUAAGUGGACUGCUAGCUAUCAAGCGCUUGUAAAUGAAGUGCUGUUAACAAGUUUAGAAAAGCUUAAAUAACCUGAGUUUCGAUUGGGACUUGAGUAGCUGACCUAUACAUAUUGCUAUCAACAGAGAAAACCAACAGCAUUCUUUCUCUGCCAGUUCAUUGUAAAAAUGAGUAAAACUGCUGGUACUUUGUGCUGUGAAGAAAGCUUCACUGCUUUUGAAAGCUCUGGUUUUGCCAUCACUAGCAGUUAAUGUGGAUUGAAAGUUGUGUACAAGAGGCAUAGGUGGCUAGGUGGACAGUCAAACAAAGGAGCCUAACAGGUAUCUAAUUGAAGACUGAAGGUAUUACACAAACUGACAAACUGGUGCGCCCUGCUGGUUCAGCUUAAAGCUACUAUUUUUUGCCUUGUGGCUUAAUUGCUUUCCCUACCAUGUGUACUCAAGAAAUGCAACAGCCAGGCUUACAUAAACAAAUAUUCACUAGCUAAAGUAUUCCUACAGCAAAGGUUUAUCUGUUGUUACAAGCUUGACACCGUAACAAAAGAAGAACCCAUGCUUUGGGUGCUAUGUAGAACCAGCACAUUUUCCAUCAGUCUGAAGAAAGCUUUCAGGAUGCAAAGAACCCUUUAAUCAUGCAAAGGGUUCUUUGAAUGUUAAUCGCUCUAUAGAACAAUUUUCUAAAAAGAACCAUCUUUUUAACAGUGUAGCAGAGGCAGUUUUGGACAUCUGUAUACCUGUAUUUUUAAAAUUAAUAGGAAAUAUAUGCUUGACUGCAUGUCUGGUGGGAUAUUCCAGGCCCCCCUGCACUUGCUGUUUUGCUCUUGCAGACUGGGAAAAUGCAGCCAAUGACAGCAGGCUUGGACAACAGACAACUGUACAGUUUGUAGAAACAAUAGCUUGGUCAAUACUGACCAAUACGUCUACUAAGAAACAUUUGGUUGUGCAAGAGCAUAUCUGUCAGCAAGUAUAAACUACACAGACAUUUGUUGUUGGUUCCAAAAUGUAAACAGACUGCAUUCAAGCCUUAAGGUCUGGGUUUAAUAUGUAUUAUUAUUAUAUAACUUUUUUUAAAACACCAUUUUUAAGACAUCUGCUAGUGUUCAUUGUUACAAAGCUGUAUAAUGCUGCCAUUUGUGUGUUAACCUUGAUUCAGUUUACGUGAAUAACUUAAAAGGUGUUUUAUGUUUUUUAUUUCUAUAUUUCAUCAACUAAUUUUACCACAUUAUCCAAAGCUCAUUUGAGUUCAGCUAUGAAGAUUCUGUCAAGAUCACGAUCACAUGGUGGCCAGUUAAAGAGAACUUACCUAGGCCCUGAUCAUGUCAUUGAUUUUCACAGAAAUAUUUGAGCAAAAACUUCAAUUUAGUUCAAGCAACAAUGCAGAAUUUAAAAGCUCUGAUUCAAGUAAUUUUAAAGUUAUGAAAUUUGAAAGUUUACCCUAUGAGACUCUAAAUUGCAUUUUUGUUAGAAUUUACCAGAAAAGAGCUUAGUUAAGAUUAAGAGACCCUUAUUAGUUCCACAACAAGGAAAUUUCACCUCCGCAUUUAACCCCUCCGUGAAGUGAAACACCACAUGCACUCUAAGGAGCAUACACACACUAGGGGACAGUGAGCA